GGGGGCGGCGCCGUCCAGGGCGCCGCCGUACUCCGACGACUGGCGCGCGAAGUGCUUCUCCUUGAAGUUGAGGCUCCGCUUGGCCGCGAUGGCCCAAGCCAUAGCCAAGAAGUGCGACGGCAGGCCCCUGCGCCACAUCUUGAGUUCCAUUAUCAACGCGACGCUCUCGGCCAAGCUCCCCAACGAAUGCGCCGACCCGUCCAUCGUGGAAGCAGCGCGUGACGAGCGCAUCGCUGACGUCGGCAAUCGCCGCGAGAUCGCCGUGAACUACCUUUUCGGCGCGCGCGCCGCCGGGCGGAACAGCGAGGGCCUGCGCGUCGGCCUGAUCCACCGCCCGAGUGGACUUAGGGCGGGCGUCUCCGCGGAGCUCGGCGUCGAGCGGGAGACGUACGACUCGAUGGACAAUUGGUUGGAGACCAAG